AGUGCCGUGAAAACUAAGCGCUACAGUUUUCUCGCGCCUUUCUUUCUUGUUGGCGACGCUGUGUAUCACCAUUAGAAUAAUAAUCGUAAGAGAAGAGAAGCAAACGGUGUGCGCGGCCCGAGUAAGGAAAAGUAAGAAUUGUUUUCUGAAAAAACAAUGACACAACUCCCUCCUUUUCACACCAUGGCGAAGCGCUCUCCUCUGAGCCGCAACUCCGACUCAAAGGCCGAUCCGUAUGAGCUUCUCGCCGCAGUGAAAAACGAUCCAGCGUUGCCUGUGCAGCUGAAAGAGAAGAUAGCCACGGCAAUGGGACGACUCCGCGAGACGCAACCGCCAACGGAUCCUCCGAGCCCGCAUCGUGUCACUGUGAAAAGCAGUGCACAUCAUUACUUUGAGCACUUUGUAAGCGGGAAUGCCCCGCUGCACUUCUGUUUCUCCGGCAAUCCCGCUGGGCGAAUGCGUGCAAAGCACUUCGAUAUUGCGUCUUCCAAAUUGCCAGGUGCCCUCCUUUUAUCGACUCACAGCACCGUCAUGCAGCGCGACACGCCUGCACUGCAGAAUCCCAAGGAAGUCUUUGACGAGCUCAACAGAAUUGCAAUGCAGACGCUCCGGUACAUCGAAGAGGUCGAAGAAAUGGAGUUCGAUGUGACAAACUUGCGGGAGCACGACGGAAGUGUCAUGGAGGACAGCGAGCGGCUUUUUCUCUCGGUGUGCUGCAGUGUGUUUGCAAACUUCUCCUUCUUCACGACGCUCCACAUCAACGCAGGGAAGUUUUUCCACUUUCUCGGCGAGCUCUUCACUUACUACCCGACGGACAACCGGUAUCACAACUCCACGCACGCGGCAGACGCGUUGCAGAUGAUGUCGCUGUUUUUUAGAGAGCCCUCGGUGAAUUUUCUCUUCACCGACGAGGAGAUUGCAACCUGUUUCUUGGCUGUUCUUUCCGUCGAUGUAGCGCACCCUGGUGCGACGGAUGCGCUUCUCGUUGCCUUGGACCACCCACUGGCCUCCGUCUUCGGCGACGCCGCAAUUGCAGAGCACGCCUCGCUGCUCGUGAUGACGAGCAUUUUGAUGCGCGACGACAACUUCUUCCUUCUCCACGACGAUCCCAACCCGAUCGAUGGGGCCCACCUGGUAAAAGAGGCGUUGUACGACGUUGUGAUGAAUGCAACACCGCGCUGCAGGCCUGCACUGAUGACGGCGCUGCACAAGACCGCACAGAGCGAUCACAUCACGGACGCAGACACGCCGAAAUUGAUGGCGGCGCUGUUGAUCAUGGCAAGCAACAGCUUCGCCUUCCGCACGCAGGCGCAAUUCUGUCGCAUGGGUGCGUGGCUGCUUUCCGAGUACCACCGCGAGGAGUGCGAGGCGCAGCGCCACUCGAUCCCCGCCACAACCCCGCACAUCAAGUCAGCGGAAGUCUUCACCGUACUGGUCGACUACAUCAACGUCAUGCUGCGGCCCAUUAUGACGGCGGCCCUCGCCCUUGUCCCGAUCGACUUGCGUGACCGCCUGGAGGCCAACAUCGACGUCCGCGGGGCUGCUACCGGAGAGCGUUUUAUCGGCCCGCUGGUCGAGAGCUCGAGCACGCUGUGGUCCACCAGCUCCGUAUCCGUGAUGGAGAUUUUGAAGAAGGUGGCGGCGCACGCUAACAGCGUAGAUCGAAAAGCGUCGAGGGGUGCCAUCCUCAAUGCUUCGCCGGCGCGCACCAGCGGAACGGUUCCGUGGAUGAUGCGCGCGGACUCCUUCAGCAGCAUCAGCUCCGCCUCCGAGUCGAUGAACGUCACAAAGCGCGAUGAGCCGGUCCCUUUGCAGACGUCGCAGUCGUUGACCUCGCAGUUGUUCCCGUCAGGCAGCAGCACAGCUCCACGUCUUGGCCGGUCGGAGCACUACUUCUCCUUCCUUCGUCUCUACGACAAGUGCGAGAGGGCCGGCGAUUCGGCCAAGAGCUUUAUGGGGCAGCUCUUGUUUCUCGCGCUGCAGCUGGAUCCGCGGUACAUCGCGGCUUACGCUCGAAAAGCAUACGGCGAAGACUGCAGCGGCUCGGACUGCGCGGAGAUGGGUCUCCUCAUCGCGGGAACGGAGGAGGCGCCGUCGUCGGCGGAGGUCAUUGCGAGUCGUGUGCCCGGCGGCUCCUUUUCAACCCGUGCCGCGGACGAGGUCGAUCAUACCGACGGCUUUGUGCUUUUUCUUAUGGAGAUGUACAGCUCGCGCGAAGAGGCUCUCAACGCCAUGGAGCACGAAAGCGUGACGGACGACGGAACGCAGGGUGCUGCGUCGACGACGGAGAGAAUCACCUUUGAGGCGGUGCCGCCGUGCCAGCGUAACUCGCCCAUUCGACUGCCUGUGAACACCGAAAGCCGUACCUCCGAUGUUCGCCACCGUUUGGUGCCGUAA